AUUAUGAAUUAUUGGUCAUUGAGGAACUGCCGGUGUGUGUAGUGUCUUCUGUCGAGGUGGCUGCAAGCCUAAAAAGGACAAGAAAGUGAGGACAAUCCUGAAACGGCCUCACCUACUUUUAACUUCAAGAGUAAAUUAUCCUGAAGAGAGAAAAUGGCUUACCACUGGCAAAGUAGGAACAAGAAGUCGAGUGGUGUGGAGGACAUGGUUCUUUUAGUAAAGAUACAAGAGUCCUCGAUUGUGGAGAAUCUUAAAAAGAGAUACAUGGAUGACUACAUAUUUACCUACAUUGGGCCUGUACUGAUCUCAGUGAAUCCUUUCAAGCAAAUGCCUUACUUUACUGACAGGGAAGUAGAGAUUUAUCAAGGAGCUGCGGCUUAUGAAAAUCCUCCCCACAUAUAUGCACUCUCAGAUGACAUGUACAGGAACAUGUUGAUAGAGAAUGAGAGUCAGUGUGUCAUCAUCAGUGGGGAGAGUGGGGCUGGUAAGACUGUUGCUGCCAAGUUCAUAAUGGGGUACAUUGCUAAGGUAUCUGGUGGUGGACAGGAUGUACAGAGAGUCAAGGAAGUUAUUUUGGAGUCUAAUCCUUUACUGGAGGCAUUUGGUAAUGCAAAGACUGUCAGGAACAAUAACUCAUCAAGAUUUGGUAAAUACGUUGAGAUUCAGUUCACAAGAGGUGGAGAGCCAAGAGGUGGCAAAAUCAACCAGUUCCUUUUGGAGAAGUCACGUGUUGUGAGUCAAAAUGAAGGAGAAAGAAGCUUUCACAUUUUUUAUCAACUAAUUUCUGGAGCUGAUGAUGACAUGAGAGAGGGUCUUGGUGUAGCCAAUGUUGACUAUUACUGGUACCUGAAUCAGACUGGUACUUACACUGUGGACGGGAUCGAUGACAAGAAGGAAUUCCAAGACACGCUGCAUGCUAUGGAGGUGAUGGGUAUUGUUGGUGACAGGCAAGGUGAUGUCUUCAAUAUUGUUGCUGGUAUUAUGCACUUGGGAAACAUUUCUUUCACUGAAAAGGGAAACUAUGCUGUACCUGAAGAUGAUGGAUUCCUACAGUUCCCUGCUUAUUUAUUGGGUGUUGAGCCAGCAGCUCUACAAGAGAAACUCACCGGUCGUAUAAUGGACAGUAAAUGGGGAGGAAAGACGGAGUCUAUUCGUGUCCAAUUGAACGUUGAGCAGGCUUGUUAUACUCGUGAUGCUCUCUCAAAGACACUCUACUCUCGUCUCUUUGAUUGGCUUGUGAAGAUGGUCAACACUGCCAUGAAGAAAGAUGGAUUGGAUAUUAAUAUUGGUGUUCUUGACAUUUACGGCUUUGAGAUAUUCAUGAAAAACGGAUUUGAGCAGUUUUGCAUUAACUUUGUGAAUGAGAAGCUACAGCAGAUCUUUAUUGAGCUGACUUUGAAGGCCGAGCAAGAAGAGUAUGUGUCUGAGGGGAUCAAAUGGACUCCAAUUGAUUACUUUAAUAACAAGAUAGUCUGUGAACUGGUGGAGAGCAAACGUCCACCUGGCAUCAUGUCCAUAUUGGAUGACAUUUGUUUCCAGAUGCACGGCCAGUCCGAAGGAGCUGACAUUAAACUCGUUGAAAAAUUAGGUGGUGAGCCAUUGCCUGGUAAGGAGUAUUAUGUUGGUUUCAGUGGAGGAUUCACUAUUCAGCAUUACGCUGGGAAGGUAACAUACGAUUGUAAUGGAUUCUGUGAGAAGAACAGAGAUGUAUUAUUCAAGGAUUGUAUUGAGUUGAUGCAGGCCAGCCAAAAUCAGUUCAUUCGUUCAUUGUUUCCUGAUGAUAUCAGUCCUGAUAAGAAAACCAGGCCAACUACUGCUGGUAGCAAGAUUAAGACUCAAGCCAAUGAUCUUGUUGGUCGUCUAAUGAAGUGUACUCCUCAUUAUAUUCGUUGCAUUAAACCAAACGAGACAAAGAAACCUCACGACUGGGAGGAAGACAGGGUAAGACAUCAAGUUGAGUAUCUUGGUCUUAAGGAGAAUAUCAGAGUCAGAAGAGCAGGCUAUGCCUUCAGAAGAGAGUUUGCUAAAUUCUUAAGAAGGUAUGCAUUACUAACUCCUGAGACUUAUCCUCGUUGGACUGGUCCAGUCCAGGAUGGUAUACGGCACUUGAUGAUGUCAGUCAACAUGGAGCCGGACCAGUGGCAGCUGGGCAAGACUAAAGUGUUUAUUAAGAGUCCUGAAUCAUUAUUCUUAUUGGAGGAGCUCAGAGAGAGGAAGUAUGAUGCUUAUGCUCGUAGGAUCCAGAAGGCAUGGCGUCGUCACCGGUCAGACCAGUACUACCAGACACUGAAGGAAAGAGCGUCUGAUAUAUUGUUGAAUAAGAAGGAGAGGAAGAGGUUGAGUAUUAAUAGGAAUUUUGUUGGUGAUUAUCUUGGGUUUGCUGAUGAUCCUGCCCUACGUGCUCUUGUUGGUAAACGUGAGAGGAUAGAGUUUGCCCAAACUGUCAAUAAAUACGACAGACGAUUCAAAUGCACCAAAAGAGAUCUUCUACUGUCAGCACAAUUUGUGUACCUCAUUGGUAGGGAAAAAAUAAAGAAGGGAUCACAUAAAGGUCAGUUUGUUGAAGUUGUGAAGAGGAAACUUCCACUUGAGACAAUAACAGCUGUAUCUAUGAGUCCCUUGCAAGAUGAUUUCUUUGUGAUUCAUGUUGCUAAUGAUUUUGAUUCAGUCCUGGAGUCUGUUCUUAAAACUGAAUUCCUGACUCUCCUCUCUGAGAAAUAUAAACACUUAACGCAAAACCAAUUGAAGUUCCAAUUCAACAACAAUAUAACAGUGACACUCAAGAAGGAGGAGUUUGACUGGAGAGGAGGGAACACUCGUACAAUGCAGUUCCAUCAAGCAGGAGGUGAUAAUCCUGUUCUCAAACUCUCAGGGAAGACUCUUCAAGUCUCCAUUGGUCCAGGAUUACCCAGCAGCACUAGACCAUCCCAUCAGAGACUCCCAGCUACCAAAGGAGGGAAGAGGCCAGGACUAGCAGCUCCUUCUUAUCAGCAACAAUCAAGAGGACCUCAACAGAAUUUGUCAGUAGCACAGAGAGGGAGAUCACCGAGUAAUAAGAGCAGUUUUGUUAAAGGA